AUGCAGCGAGAACGGGAACGACGAGAAGCAGUGAGAAUGAACCAGGAAAACAUCCGGACAGAGAAGUCCAAUGGCACCAUUUAUCAACCUUUCCUAUGCAAUGUCGAUCUCAGGAAUUGUGAUAUCUUCCCACAGUUCAUUGUUCGUUCUGACGGAAACAUGUACCGAUUCAACAUCGCCGGUUCCUACAGCGACACGACUUACAAGACCUCCUGCGACGGAAUCCGACCUGACGGCGAGAGCUGCCUCGCUACAAUGACAAUCGAAAUCCCGUCGACUCACGAUGUCGAAUGGCUCGUCAAGCCCUCCAAAGAAGUUAUCGACAAGACUCGAUACACAAUCAAAUGGGAAGUGAGCGAGCGUCACACAUGUGUUCCCGUCGCCAUGCCAGAGUUCGAAUCGCCUGAAUACCGACGAGUUCGCCUUAUUGGAAAUCCACAACGACUCCGCGUGCGAGACUACUUCAGCUCUGAUUCUUCUGAGGAAACUGAUUCAGAAUCGGAGACGGAGAGCGACUCCGGACACGGGGACGACGGAACUUCUUCGAGCCUUGAUGCCUUCUUCGAGCGACCGCCCGGCUACACUCGCGAUGAUCUUCCUGAAGAAUUGCGAGGACGAAGAUACAACGUCUUCAACAUGAUGGCGUCUGAUGGUCUUCGCCGAAUCGAUCCAUCCCCUGAUCGUUUGCUGGAGGACCGAGUCAUCUCGAUCGAAGCUCAAAUGCGGGAGCGACAAUACGUACAGGAGACAGACUCUGAGCCCGAGGAAGAAGAAGUAACAGAAGAUGAAAUGGAGUACACCGAUGAGUCCGAUGAAGAAGAACCACUUGACACUGACGAUGAUGAUGACAACUCGGUCAACGGCGAUGAAAGCGUUCCAAUCUACUCGGACCUUUUCAACUAG